AUGGCUGAUGCUAUGGAGAUGAUGCUGUUGUCGUUACUUUCGCCAGCUAUUGCCUGUGAAUGGGGAGUAUCAUCAGUACAACAAGCGCUUGUCACCACAUGCGUAUUCAGUGGUAUGAUGCUGAGUAGUACAUUCUGGGGCAAGACAUGCGAUCGAUUUGGCAGGCGCGUGGGUCUAAUUGCUUCUACUCUCGUUGCAUCAGUGAUGGGAGCUAUCAGUGCUUUCUCACCUCAUUUCUACGUGCUGCUCUUUUUCCGAGGAUUAACUGGUUUUGGAAUCGGAGGCGUUCCUCAAUCUGUCACAUUGUAUGCGGAAUUCUUGCCAACGCAACAAAGGGCGAAAUGCGUAGUGCUCAUCGAAUCGUUCUGGGCGAUCGGGGCCGCUUUCGAAGCACUCCUGGCAUAUCUCGUCAUGGCCACAUGGGGCUGGAGAGCUCUAGUACUGCUCUCAUCACUGCCACUGGGAUUGUUUGGGAUUCUUUCCUUUUGGCUUCCCGAAUCAGCCCGUUAUGACAUGGCUUCCGGUCAUCCAGAAAAAGCUUUGGCAACCUUACAAAAGGCUGCAAAAGAGAAUCGCGUAAAACUUCCCGAGGGAAAGCUUGUUGCCGGUCAUUCUCGAACUACUGAGAAACGUGGUGAUAUUAUCGAUCUGCUGUCACCAGAUCUACGUCGUACUACACUGCUGUUGUGGUUAAUUUGGGCCGUGAAUGCCUUCUCGUACUACGGUAUGGUCCUGUUCACUACUGUACUCUUCCAAUCCCAUGACGAAUGUCAUGGUGGACUGUUCUCGAAUGGCACACACUUCGAAACGUGCCAACCACUUACACGGAAAGACUACUUCGAUUUAUUGUCGACAACGAUGGCCGAGUUUCCUGGGCUAAUAAUCACUGUAGUGAUCAUUGAAUGGUUGGGUAGAAAGAAGACGAUGGCUCUGGAGUUUGCGGUGUUCUCAGUUUUCACAUACUCUCUAUUCUUUUGUCUGGAUAGGUAA